AGAAACAAAAGAUCGCUCACAAGGUGUUCCAUAAAAUACUUAAAUGACAUCUUUCUGGUAAAAAUACUUUUAUAAGGCGCUCUUUACCAUUCUGAUCAUGUCGACGAAAGGAUGUGAUAUCGAUAAGAUUAUCAACAUCCUAUCUCAGUUAGACUGUGACCUGGAGAAGAUACCUCUAUCCAAUAAAGUUAUUAGCCACAAGGAACAACAAGGCGAACAAAGUGAGGAAAAGAGAUCUUGUUGGGUUCGGGUCAGAGAAAGUUUUAAAAGAAUUGGUAAGGCGAAGAAGGACGCUUCCAACAAUGCAAGCGACAGUGGAGGUAGUCAAGGUGGAAGCAGAAGAAGCGUGCAAGACAUUGAAGAAGAUCAAAAGAAUGAAGAACUCGAGAUACGGAAAUUGCAGAAUGAUAUUCGUCAGAUGAUAGCUGCAUUUAAGAGUUUAACUCAGUUUCAAACCGAGAUGAGCAAUAAUUUGGAGCGUGAUCUUCGUUCAACUAAGUUAAUAGCAAUACUACAAAGAAAGAAUUCAUUCGGAUCCCGCUCUCACGUUGUCAAGGAAAUCAGAAGAAAAGUCUCCGCCUUGAAGUGCCAGAUCCCAUCAUUGCUCAACAAACAACCAUCAAGAAAGAUAAGCAUCACGGAAUCUCAAACCGCUGAGGAAAAUGAUGAGAUCAGUGAGACCGGGAUUGACAUAUACUUGCCGGGCCUCCACGUUGCUGAGGAAUUCAAAAAAUCCUCAGCUUUUGAAGAAGUUGUUGAGAAAUUUCAAGGCCUUGAUGACUUCACUCAAAAGCUCUGCUUGUUGUCCUUCGCCGUGUUCCCGGAAAACAGAGAGGUUACAAGGACAAUGUUGAUGUAUUGGUGGAUCGGAGAAGGUUUCAUCAAUUGUGAUGAUUCUGAAAACUCAGUAAAGAGUGAAAACUCAGUAAAGAGUGAAAACUCAGUAAAGAGAAUUCUUGAUGCAUUCUCAGCAAAAAAGUUACUUGAGCCGGUCGAAGAUGAGAGGAAACUGCUACCAAAUAGUUACAAGAUGGAGCCUCAUGUGCAUUCUGCAGUUAUACACUUAGCCAAAGAAAUGGAUCUAUUUGAACUCUACAACCAUAAUGGGAAGCUUACCAUGAAAAAAUCAUCGAAGAAAAAGGUCUGCCUAGUAAAAGGUUCCUCGUUAUGGAACAAUCGAGAAAAAGAUCUAAGAAAAACAUCUGUUAUGGAACCGAAAACAUUGCAGACGGUUUUCAAUUCCUCUGAACGGUACCCUGAUUUCACAUUCAAGUGGUUUCCGUUAAUGGAUUCACUUAGAGUGCUUUAUUUGGGAAGAUGGGAGCAGACCGCUAAGCGCCACAUUGAAGUUGAGAGCACAGAGUUUCUUAAAAAUAUGAAGUCUCUGAAGAAUCUGAGGCUUGCAAGUUUUCAAGGGAUCUCGAGGAUAGAAAGGCUCGAAAAUUCAAUUUGCAAACUCCCCGAGUUAGUGAUCUUGGAUCUUAAAGCAUGCUACAAUCUCGAGGUUCUUCCUAGCGAUAUAGGCUUAUUUGAGAAACUGAUUUACUUGGAUGUAUCAGAGUGCUAUAUGCUAGAUAGCAUGCCUAAGGGGAUUGCAAAACUCUCCAAAUUACAAGUUCUGAAGGGAUUUGUGAUUAGUGAGUCGGAUCAUGAAGAUAAUUGUGCAGUUAAACACUUGAAGAAUCUGAGGAAGCUAAGCAUAACCGUAAACAAAUACUCUUUCAAGGUGGAAAAGCUGAUGAAGUCGUUAACAGGACUCCAGAAACUUGUGAGUCUGAAAAUUGCGUGGGGAGCUUGUGAGUCUAGAGAAACCACAAACGAGGAGAAGGAGAACCAAGGAGGUCCUGCAACAGACAAGAUUCAAAACAAGACAAGCGAUCAGAAAGGGAAGAGCAAUGUGGAAGGAGAUGGAGAUAAGGGGAAGGCUGAUCUAGAAGAUGGAAAGAAGCAAGAUGAAGUAGAAGCAGAGAAAUCUAAAUCAGAUGAAGUUGUUGAGGCAGAGAAGAAGGCCAGCCCUCCCCGAGAUUCAUCAGACAUGAUCCAAAAGAAGCCAGAUGAUAAAAGCAAAGUAGAAAACAAAGGAGAUGGAGACAAAGAGAAUGAUGAUUUAGAUGAAGGAAAGAAAAGAGAUGAGGUAGAAGCACAAAAAUCAGAAUCAGACAAAGUUGUUGAGGGAGAUGAGAAGGCAAGUCCACCACAAGAAUCCAAAGACAUGAUCCAGAACAGGACAGAUGAUCAAACCAAAUUGGAAAAGGAAGGCGAGAAGCAUGAUGAGGUUAAAGCAAAAAAACCGGAAUCAGACGAAGUUGUUGAAGGAGAUGAGAAGGCAAGUCCACCACAAGAAUCCAAAGACAUGAUCCAGAACAAGACAAAUGAUCAAACCGAAGUGGAAAAGGAAGGCGAGAAGCAUGAUGAGGUUAAAGCAAAAAAACCGGAAUCAGACGAAGUUGUUGAAGGAGAUGAGAAGGCAAGUCCACCACAAGAAUCCAAAGACAUGAUCCAGAACAAGACAAAUGAUCAAACCGAAGUGGAAAAGGAAGGCGAGAAGCAUGAUGAGGUUAAAGCAAAAAAACCGGAAUCACACGAAGUUGUUGAAGGAGAUGAGAAGGCAAGUCCACCACAAGAAUCCAAAGACAUGAUCCAGAACAAGACAAAUGAUCAAACCGAAGUGAAAAAGGAAGGCGAGAAGCAUGAUGAGGUUAAAGCAAAAAAACCGGAAUCAGACGAAGUUGUUGAAGGAGAUGAGAAGGCAAGUCCACCACAAGAAUCCAAAGACAUGAUCCAGAACAAGACAAAUGAUCAAACCGAAGUGGAAAAGGAAGGAGAGAAGCAUGAUGAGGUUAAAGCACAAAAAUCAGAAUCAGACAAAGUUGUUGAGCGAGAUGAGAAGGCAAGUCCACCACAAGAAUCCAAAGACAUGAUCCAAAACAGGACAGAUGAUCAAACCAAAAUGGAAAAGGAAGAAAAGAAGCAUGGUGAGGUAGAAGCAGGGAUCUCAAAAUCAGAGAAUGGUGUUGAAGGAGUCAAUAAGGCUAGUCCUUCCCGGGAAUCAACAAACGCGAUCCAGAACAAGCCCGAUGAUCACCAAAGAGGUGACAAACAAGAAGAGAAAGGAGAUGGAGAAAAGGAGAAGGUUAAUCUAGAUGAAGGGAAGAAGCACGACGAGAUAAAAGCAGAGAGCUCAAAACAAGACAAGGUUACAGAGGGAGAUGCGAAGACAAGUCCACCACAAGAAUCUAAGGACACAAUGGAGAGAAAGAAAGAUGAUCACAAAGAAAAUAGCAAAGUGCAGGAAAAAGGAGAUGGAGACAAAGGGAAGGCGGCUGAUCUAGAUGAAGGAAAGAAGAAAAAUGAGGUAAUAGAAGAGAGCUCAAAACCAGACAAUGUUAUCGAGGGAGAUGAGAAGAAAAAUCCACCACAAGAAUCGAACGACACAGUACAGAGCAAGCCAGAUGAUCACAGAGAAAUUAGCAAAGUGCAGGAAAUAGGAGAUGGAGAAAAGAACGGAGAUGAUUUAAAGAAGCUUGAUGGGAAAGAAGCAAAGACUCAGAAGUCACACAAAACCACUAAGUUUGGUAAGAACGUGAAUUUUUCUGAAAAAUCCAAAGCUCCGAAGAAGCCAGAUGAUCCGAAAAGUGACAACACAACGGCGGAAGAGAUUCAUGAAACACCAUCACCAUGUUGGAAAUCAAUAUCAAGGAAAGCAAAACUGUUAAUGGGAAUGGGCAACCAAACCAAGAAAUGGGGAAUAGGAUGGCAAGAAGAUCAAGCAAUAUAUAAAUUCCCUGGUAGUUUGAAGAAGUUGGAGCUAGAAUGUUUCCCUGAAACAGAACCUCCGAGUUGGUUAAAUCCCAAAGAUCUUAAAGAGCUUAAAAAACUCUCCAUCAAAGGAGGAAAACUUAGUGGAAUGAGUGACGAAAGUCAAAACGCAGAAGACAAAUGGGCCGUCGAGAUCUUGCGUUUGAAGUAUCUGCAUGAAUUCAAGGUUGAGUGGAGAGAUUUGAAAGAUCUAUUUCCAAAAAUGACACUGUUGGAGAAAUAUAAAUGCCCUAAAAUCGCAUUCUGUCCAACAGAUGGUAAUGGAGUCUGGAGGUCAUAGCCAGAGACAUCACCAAAUAUGUGAAGAUAAGCUGCAUAGUUUCUUCUGUCAUAACUCAUAAUAACGGCAAGAGCCUCUGUUACUUGUUUAGAGAUCAUGUAUUUGCCUCUACACCCUGAAUAAAUACACAUUCCUGCG